AUGGGUGUAUCCAGCAAGGUUUACAUCUCCAUUGCUGAUGGCAAUGUCCCUUGGGGUUCUUCCCUUAAUGUCAGUGAGAGACAGGGAUGCUCCAGCAGCAACCAGCAUGCCACAGAUCACUUGGCGCCGGUGCUCAGCUGCCACAUGAAGAGCUGUCUGGCAUCUGCAGUGGCAGAAGUUCAACUUUAUUUCUGCCCUGAUAAAGCAUUGCAUUCCAUCAGUAGAGAAGGACUGAGAGACCUUGUUGCCUUGAGGGUUAUCUGCUGGGCAUGGGCCACAUCAGCUGCAUCUGAUCCAGAUGUCUCCUCUUCAUCAUCAUCUUCUGCAUCUAUUCCACUUUCUGUCUCUUCUGCUUCUUCUGCCUUUCUCCCAUCCAUUCGUCUCCUCACUUCCUCCACCUCUCCUGCACUCAAGACACUGUCCCGUCGUGCCUCACGGGAGCUGAACUUCUCGGGAUUCGCUUCUACGACCGGGAAAGACAUGAUUGUACACGCAAUCCCUGGGUUUUUGUGUUUUGAUCCCAAAAUUGCUACCUCUGGCCUCGUGGAAUUCGAGGGCGAUUUGAGCAUCAACUCCCAAGGAGAAGUAGUUGUUGAAGACCUUGAGAGGUGGCGCAGGUUCUCCGGGGACGUCUUCGCCUUCGGUCGACUCCGCACUCAGCUUUGA